AUGACAACAAAACGCGAUUGGCAUCAUCAAGUUGAACAUGAACGAAUUCCAGCUAAUGAAGUUUACGAAACGAAUGAUGGAAAAACAAUUCGGGUUGAAUAUCGAGAAGAAAAUGGAACUAUUUAUAAAACAACAAAAACUUAUCGAAAUCAAAAAUUAAAAGUUUUACCAAUUGUUGCUGAACGAAAAAAAUGGAAAAAAUUUGGAAAUGCUGCAAGUGAUGCACCGGGUAUAAAUACAGCAACAACUAAAGUUGAUGAUGAAAUAAUAAUGCAAUUUAUUUCAAAUAAAGAAGAUGAUAAACAAGAUGAAGAAAAACUUAUUAAAGAUGCUGUAUCAACAUUACGUAAAGUUCAAUGUCGUUUAUGUAAAGGUGAACAUUGGACAACAAAAUGUCCAUAUAAAGAUAAUCUUCAAUCUUUUAUGGAUCAAUCAACAGAUAAAACAAGCGAUAAUACAUCAACAUCAGUUAAUAAUCCAACACCUCAAGGUCAAAAUUCUUCAAUGGUAACAACUGGUGAAACAUCAACUGGUAAAUGGGUUUCACAAUCAGCACGUCGUGCUGGUGCAGGUACUGCUUAUCCUGGUGAUCAAAGAGGAUCAACACGUGGAGGUUCUUAUGCUGGUAGAUCGAAUGAUAUGAAAAAACAAGAUGAAGCAACUGUUCGAGUAACAAAUUUACCUGAAGAAACUCAAGAACAAGAUUUACGUGAUUUAUUUACUCCAUUUGGUAGUGUCAGUCGAGUAUUUUUAGCUAAAGAUAAAACAAGCAAUACAUCAAAAGGUUUUGCUUUUAUAACAUUUAAUGAAAAGAAAGAUGCACAAAAAGCAAUUGAAUGUGUUUCGGGAUUUGGUUAUGAUCAUCUUAUAUUGAAAGUUGAAUGGGCUAAUAAACCACAAAAUCAAUAA